AUGGAGAUUCAAGCUUGGUGCAACAAAUGGAAUGCAUUUAUAGCUCGAGGAGGCUUCGGACUUGGCCUGGAUUUCCACUUUCGAUAUGCAAGGUUCUGCAUCACUAGCUACACGCUUCGCUUCGUUCAAGGGUCAACAGGCAAUCUUAGCGGCAGCGAAAGAGAAUCUGUCAAGCACUGCGUGCAAUACGCUCUCGAAAUUCUAGAUUGGGCGUUGCAUCUUUCUCCCGUCAGCAAGGACGCCUUGAGGUAUAUGAGUGAUUUUGGCUUUGUCAUGAUCGCGUUCGUGGCAUUGUUUGUCGUACAGGUGCACCAGCAUGUUAAACCUGUUUAUGCUGAACUCAAGGACGCCUUGAAUCGGGUUGAUGCAUUGUCCGAGUUGAUGGCGGAUUUGGCAGUCAGUCCUAAUCACUGCACCGCUCAGCUUGCGCGGUCUCUGAAACGGCGGUUGUCGCAGAUACGUCAACAUGAACGCAGAGAAUGUCAAGGUAGAAGCGCGCAGAAUUGUACUAUGGAGAGCCACCUGAACUCCGAUCCGCAGAUGCAGGAGUCCGAUGCGGAGCCGGUCAUCCACCUCACUCGAGUCGAGGAAGGUAUGGUCUCAGAUGGUUUUCCGAACGAUCCAUCUCACUGGGACCCGACAGCCUGGUUGACUGAGUUCCUCAACGACACAACAGAUUGGAAUGUUCCAUAG